AUAUUGGAGCCACCGCCCCCAGUCAAGUUCUCGAUGAUGCUAAGAUGAGAAAACACUUGACAGAAGAGCCACGAGUAGGCUACCUUGGCUAAUAUGCCAUCUGCGAUACGCAAAAAGUGUUGUUUAUUACACUAUUUAGUUGAACUAUGGCUAAACAGUACGACGUUUUAGUGAGGUUGUUGAUUCUUGGAGAUUCGGGGGUUGGAAAAACAUGUUUAAUACGCAGGUUCACGGAUAAUGAAUUUCACCCGUCGCAUAUUUCUACCAUCGGAGUGGAUUUUAAGAUGAAAACGUUGGAAAUCGACGGCCUCAAAGUACGAGUUCAGAUAUGGGACACCGCUGGGCAGGAAAGAUACCAGACCAUAACCAAGCAGUACUACAGGCGGGCACAGGGGAUCAUCCUCGUGUACGACGUCACGUGUGCUCAGUCCUUUCAGCACAUAGCAAAGUGGGCUAGUGAUGUGGACGAGUUCGGCCCUGACAGGGUGCAGAGGAUCCUGGUGGGGAACAAGUCUGACGGGGAAGACAAGAGACAGGUGGCAACACAACAAGGAAGCCAGUUGGGGAAGACCUAUGACAUGUCCUUCUUUGAGACAAGUGCCUGUACCAACCAUCACAUAACCGAGGCCUUCACCCGGCUGACGGAGAUGGUACUGCAGGCUCAGAGGACACAGUACAGCUUUCAGGAGUCCAUAGGAGACUACCUCGACCUGGCUGCCCUGGAGGACGAGGAAGGAAAAGACGUAGAAACGACCACUCAGAAGGGCUGCACCUGCUAGCAGGGUAACCCUCCUCUGGCCCGCUGCCCCCUAGUGGUGGGGGGUGUGUUGCACUGCCCUAUUUGACUUUCUGAUACGUGUUGACUAAGCCUAACGUUUGUAAUAUGAGGAUGUUUUGUUCACCCGUAAAAGCUGCACCCACAGAGCUUCUCUGUGCUGUUCACUGUUGACAGAUAGCCCAUCAGGAGACUAUCUGUGGACUAUUGGCUGUUGAAAGGCUAGUGGAGUUGGAUGUCAUUUGAUGUUAUUUUGAUGAUGACGAUGUUAUGAUACAACUGAUCUAUCAAGUGGGCCACACUUUUGUGGCCGUAAUUUGUAUUGUAUUUUUGAAAUGUAUUCAUUUGAUCAUUUUUUUAAGCUGUUUCCACUGUCCCUAAUAUGAGUGAUGAUUGGAAACCAACUGUUAUUAAACAACAAGCUGUCUUCCAUUUGAGGUGAGAUUGCGAUGGUUAGAUUUCAUGAGGGCAAGAUUUCAUCAUCAAACUGUGGAAACCCAACCUAACCAAUAACACGUGAAACCAAACCUAGCCAAAUCAUUAUCAAACUAUGAUGGUUCAGUCACUUGUAAUUCUCAGAUUCUUUUAUUGAUGAUAUAUCGUGUUUUUGGGUGAUGCAGGUCUUGCUAGCUGGAAGUAAAACAUUCAACUCAACAUGCUGUACUUGUUUGCUGUCUGAUCUAUUAUUAUUUGCAAGGAUUAUUCCACUCAGUGUUGCAGUGAAUUGAUGUUUAAAAGAGUGAAACUGAUACAAAACGGUUUUGUACAUUUGGGAUACAAAAUAAAAGUUUGUAUUUAAUUUAAA